CAUGGUUCCCGUGAAUAUGAAAGAGCAUCUUCGAGAAGCAGAGAAAAGGAAGGGGAGAGAGUGCAUGAUAGGGAAAGGGAACGAGAUAGGUGCAGGGGCAGGGGGAGGGGCAGGGAGAGGGAUAUGGAUAGGGAUAGGGAAAGGGACCCGCUACAAAGAUUGUAAUUGGCACCACAGAGAUCGUCAUAGGGAUAGGAGUGAGAGAAAGGAAAGGGGCAAAGAGGGAGACGAUGAUGAUUACCAAAGGAGUCGGGACUAUGACAGGUAA